AACGAGGGUGUUUCUAUUUUCUAAUAUUUACAGACUGAUGAGCGGCGGAGGGAGAAGAGAGAGAGAGAGAGGGAGACAGAGAGAGAGAGGAGAUAUCCGAGAUUAGGGUUUCGAAAGCCCAAGCGAUCAGAGGAGUCGAGUGUGAGAGGAAGUCUAGAGAGGGGGAAGAAGUGAGGUCGAGAGCGAAGUGCGAAGAGCGACGAGCGACGAGAACGGGAGAGGCGUUAGGGUUUUGAUUAUUGGGAAUUUCCAAGUUGCGGUCUCUCUUUCUCGAGUAUGUCGGAAAGAAAGCUUGUGGUGUUGGGUAUUCCGUGGGAUGUCGAUACUGAUGGGUUGAGGGAUUAUAUGAGCAAAUUCGGGGAAUUGGAGGAUUGCAUCGUGAUGAAGGAGCGGUCCACUGGUCGUUCUCGUGGUUUUGGAUAUGUAACAUUUACAUCAGUUGAGGAUGCUAAGAAUGCACUGUCCAGUGAGCACUUUCUUGGCAAUAGAAUGCUGGAAGUAAAAAUAGCCACACCAAAGGAGGAGAUGAGAGCACAGUCGAAGAAAAUCACUAGGAUAUUUGUGGCAAGGAUCCCACCAUCUGUUACAGAAGCAGCCUUUCGUAGUCAUUUUGAGCAAUAUGGUGAUAUAACAGAUCUAUACAUGCCAAAGGACCCAAGAACCAAAGGGCAUCGUGGAAUUGGAUUCAUUACUUUUGAAAGUGCUGAAUCUGUGGAUAAUCUGAUGGCUGAAAGUCAUGAACUGGGAGGUUCCACUGUAGUUGUUGACCGAGCAACACCAAAGGAGGAGGAUUUCAGACCAUUUAGCCGGAUGAUGCAAGGUGGAUAUGGUGCAUAUAAUGCUUAUAUUACAUCAGCAACUAGAUAUGCCUCUAUAGGUGCUCCUACCUUAUAUGAUCAUCCGCUCUCUGUGUAUGAAAGAGGGGGAUCUACACGAGGAAUGGGCAGAAAAAUUUUUGUUGGAAGACUUUCCCAGGAGGCCACAGCUGAUGAUCUUCGCCAGUAUUUUGGUAGAUUUGGCCGCAUUCUGGAUGUUUAUGUUCCAAAGGAUCCCAAGAGAACUGGUCACAGAGGCUUUGGCUUUGUGACUUUUGCAGAAGAUGGUGCUGCAGAACGUGUUGCUCGAAGGCCUCAUGAGAUUUGCGGGCAGCAGGUUGCAAUAGAUUCGGCUGCACCUAUUGAUGAUGCUGGCUCCAGUGGAGAUUUGUUGGAUAAUACUGAACCAUACGUGGGUUAUGGUGGUCCUAUGCGUACUUAUGGACGGAUGUAUCAAAACCUGGAUUUUGACAAUUGGAGUUAUGGUAUGAGUGGAGGGAGACCUUCACGAGCAGAUUUGAGGUAUCGGCCAUAUUAGAGAAAGCAGCAGCGAACUUGAAAAUAUUCAGCUCUAUCUUUAUGGUACUGUCUGGGAUUCGAGCAGAAUGUGUGGCUUAUUGACCGGUCAAAUUUACUUGCUGAGACUGAGAGGAUCCCUAGUCUUGCUGGUACACCACGCCCACAAAUUAUAGGGUGCAACACUUUACUUGCACUGUGAACAGCAGUGGCAAUGUUGUGAUGUCUUGGUUGAUAAAAUGGUCUUCUUUUUUUUUUUUUUUUUUAUCCUUUUUGGGUUGAACCACGCUAUACGUACGGCAGGCCACCAAUUUGACCGUUCUGAAACGGUUCAGUUUCUUUGAUAAUAUGAUUGCUAUUUGUUGUCAAGCAAACAAGUUA